AUGACAUCAUGAGCUAGGGAACAGUGAGCAGCCAGUGAAGCGUCCAGCCUGCCGAACAAGGCUGAGUUUAGGGUCAGGAACCGGUCUGACAAGAGAAUGGCAAUCCUGCCUGUAAACUGUCAAUAGGACUUAACAGUUAAGGAUGAACCUACCAGAACACUGGAUCCAAAGGCGACACACCGAACAAGAGAAUGUCAAGACAUAUUUCAGGAUACUGUGAGUGUUACUAAAGAUGUCCGAUAGUGUCGAUAUUGAAGAGAAACCGCCAGCCCCUCCCUUGAGAAUGAACAGUAGUUCCCGAGACUCUUCGUCAGUGAAUCACGGCUCCAAACCUCUCCCAAUGGCUCCCGAAGAGAAGAACAAGAAGGUUCGCCUGCGCUCCAUCUUCCCUGGAGGAGACAAGAGUGGACUCCAAUCAAGUUGUAGAAACAUCUCAAGGAUGAUCAAUGGAAACAGGAUGCACCUGAGCUCAAUUUCGAGUCUCAUGGCAAUGGCGAACAAGAAGAAGGAGAAGGAGCGUCCUGAGAUCUCCCUGCCCUCAGACUUUGAGCACACCAUCCAUGUUGGUUUUGAUGCUGUUACAGGGGAGUUCACUGGCAUCCCAGAGCAGUGGGCACGCCUCCUUCAGACCUCCAACAUCACCAAGCUGGAGCAGAAGAAGAACCCUCAGGCCGUGCUGGACGUGCUCAAGUUCUACGACUCCAAAGAGACGGUCAACAACCAGAAAUACAUGAGUUUCACCUCCGGAGACAAAUCCGCACAUGGAUACAUAGCAGUCAACACUCUGAACCGACUGCUGUCGUCUGGGCCUCCUGUCAGCCAUAGAACCUGCAGCGCAUUAUUUGACAAGGGUGCAAAGACAUCCACAGAGCCCCCGAUAGCGCCCCCUGUGUCAGAGGAGGAGGAGGAGGAGGAGGAAGAAGAGGAGGAGGAUGACGAUGAUGACAAUGAGCUUCCGCCCGUCAUCGCACCUCGACCUGAGCACACUAAAUCUAUAUACACCCGCUCUGUCAUCGAGCCCUUGGCGCCUCCCGCCCCUGUGAAGGAGGUCACAACCCCGCCGGAGUCCCAGGUCUUGCCAGAGAACACAUCCAGCACUCUGUACCGCAACACCGACCGGCAGAAGAAGAAGUCCAAGAUGACAGACGAGGAGAUUCUGGAGCGACUGAGGAGCAUUGUGAGUGUGGGGGACCCCAAAAAGAAGUACACACGCUUUGAGAAAAUAGGACAAGGGGCAUCUGGCACUGUAUACACAGCCAUUGACAUUGCUACUGGCCAGGAGGUGGCCAUCAAGCAGAUGAACCUCCAGCAGCAGCCCAAGAAGGAGCUCAUCAUCAAUGAGAUCCUGGUGAUGAGGGAAAACAAAAACCCCAACAUAGUCAACUACCUGGACAGUUACCUGGUAGGGGAUGAGCUGUGGGUAGUGAUGGAGUACCUGGCUGGAGGCUCACUGACUGAUGUCGUGACUGAGACCUGCAUGGACGAGGGCCAGAUCGCUGCAGUCUGCAGAGAGUGUCUGCAGGCUCUGGACUUUCUGCACUCCAACCAGGUGAUCCACAGAGACAUCAAGAGUGACAACAUCCUGCUGGGCAUGGACGGCUCGGUCAAGCUCACCGACUUCGGGUUCUGUGCCCAGAUCACCCCAGAGCAGAACAAGCGCAGCACCAUGGUGGGCACGCCCUACUGGAUGGCACCCGAGGUGGUGACCCGCAAGGCCUACGGGCCCAAGGUGGACAUCUGGUCCCUGGGUAUCAUGGCCAUAGAGAUGGUGGAGGGUGAACCUCCCUACCUGAAUGAGAACCCUCUCAGAGCGCUGUACCUUAUCGCCACCAACGGGACUCCAGAGCUCCAGAACCCUGAGCGAUUGACCUCCGUGUUCAGAGACUUCCUCAACCGUUGCCUGGAGAUGGACGUGGACCGCAGAGGCUCAGCCAAGGAGCUCCUCCAGCAUUCGUUCCUGAAGUUAGCCAAGCCCCUGUCCAGCCUGAGCCCCCUGAUUGUUGCAGCCAAGGAAGCCAUCAAGAACAGCAGCCGCUAGGAGGCACUGUGUGUCCACACACAGAGCUGGACCCUGCUCCAUGGGGUUGUGAGACAGGCAGCACAGGGAUAAACAGUAACCAACCCCCCUGCUGCCUCAUA